AUGUCACAAUUCUAUUCCUCCCCUCCCCCAAAUAAUCCUUACGGCGCAUCCAAUACCGCAGCUCAAAACCUUCAAUUCUACCCCUCAACCUAUACACCCGGUGCCGUCUCAGGUCACGCCACACCACAGGCCGCAUAUGGAUAUGGCAUAUCUCCUGCCGCGCAAGCGUAUCCUGGAGGUGGAAGCGGCGGAUUUGGAUUCCCUGGAAAUGCUCAGUCGGGUGUGAGUGGGCGGAUGGGAGAGAGUGGUGGAUUAAAAACUGGGUGGUUGGCCGCCUUUGGAACGGAGGGCUAUGAUGGCGAACCACCUUUAUUGGAGGAGUUGGGAGUGAAUUUUGGUCAUAUCAGGGCAGUACUGAACCCUCUUGCGCGCAUCGAUCAACACAUAAUGGACGAUUCUGAUCUUGCGGGACCUAUACUCUUCUUCCUAUUAUUCGGAACCUUCCUCCUAUUUUCGGGGAAAGUACAUUUCGGAUACAUAUAUGGAUUGGCACUCCUCGGAUCCUCCUCACUCCAUCUAAUCCUCUCGCUCAUGUCACCACCUCUUAACACCGAUCCUAACUCCCAACAAUCCGUCGGCCCCUCGCAUCUCUCUUCUACCCUCACAUUUCCGCGAAGUGCUAGUGUGCUGGGAUAUUGUUUAUUACCAUUGGUACUCACAAGUGUGGUGGGGAUUAUUAUGCCGAUGGACGGGCUGGUCGGCUAUGUCUUAACCACAUUAGCGAUUGUGUGGUGUACGUACAGUAGUAGUGGGAUGUUCUGUGCGGUAGGAAGAAUGAAGGGAAUGCGAGGAUUAGUAGCCUAUCCUCUAGCCUUAUUCUACGUCGGUUUUGGUAUUAUGGGAAUCUUUUCGAGUAGGGGAGUAGGUACAUUAGGGAAGGUUGCAGGAGCAUAA